UGGAUUCUCUUUAUUUCCCUCGUUUCUCAGUUUAAACAACUAAAGAUUCAGUCCAAAUCCUUGCAUAUCUCUUUCUCAUCUCUCUCCCCAAUCUUCUCCAUUUAUUCCAAGUUUCAGACACUUCCAUCAGGCUUAAAAAUCUGUUUGGCUGACAACCGGAAAAAAAAACAGUAAGAAAACAUGAGGACAAUCGUUGUUGUUAGAUUGAACGGGAAAUUCCUUAAUUUCCUCCUACCUUCCUUCCACACAAUCAAACCUCUUCCUUGUGAAUGUUGAAAAAGCUCAGACGAAAAUUCAAAGUCCUCGUCACAAUAAACUUUAAUAAACCCCAGAAGACCGCCCCCUCCGCAACUUCAAACAUUAUCUCCCUCCUCCUCAUCUUCUUCUUCUCCCCCAAAAAUGUCAACGCCGAGAGAACACAACCGUCAAUCCUCACAUGAACAGAGACCAUCUCCGUUUCCUUCCCUCAGAACCCAAUCCACGGUCCUCCCUGAUCCGUCCACCUUUUUCUCCCAAAAUCUCCUCUUCUCUCCUCUCCCCACCAACUCUUUCUUCCAGAGCUUCACUCUUAAAAAUGGCAAUCUACCUGAAUACAUACACCCUUAUCUCGUCAAAUCCUCUGGCUCUUCUCUUUCGCUUUCUUACCCAUCUCAGUUUCACAAUUCUGCUCACAUUUACCAGGUUUUUGUCGCUGAUCUUACAAUCUCGGCCUCUGAUAAAACCGACCCACAUUCACAGAGAAGCCAUGUAAUCUCGUCUUAUAAUGAUCUCAGUGUCACUUUGGAUUUCCCCUCUUCCAAUUUCCGCUUCUUUCUCGUUCGAGGGAGUCCAUUUCUAACCUGCUCUGUCACCGGGAAUACCCCGAUUACCAUCUCUACUAACCAUGCAAUACGCUCGUUUUCUUCCAACUACUCACUCACCAAAUGCACCGUUAAGCUGAGCAACAAUCAAACAUGGCUCAUUUAUUCUUCUUCCCCCAUAAAUUUGAGUCACGGACAUUUUCAGAUAACUUCAUGUGGCUUUUCGGGUGUGCUUCGGAUUGCCUUGUUGCCUGAUUCUGAUGCAGGUUGCGAGUCAAUUCUUGAUCGAUGCAGUUCUUGUUACCCGACGUCAGGUGAAGCUGCUUUCACCAAACCAUUUUGUUUACAGUACAGCUGGGAAAAGAAAGGAUGGGGCGAUUUGCUUAUACUUGCUCAUCUGCUGCAUCUGAAGAUGUUAUCUGAUGACGACCGUGGUAUUACAGUUUUGGAGAAUUUCAAAUACAAAAGUAUUGACGGGGAUUUAGUUGGUGUUGUUGGGGAUUCCUGGAUAUUAAAAUCCAUUCCUGUUUCUGUGACUUGGCAUUCUUUGAGAGGGAUAAAAGAAGCAGCAUAUAAUGAAAUUGUUUGUGCUCUUGUCAAAGAUGUUCAGGCCUUAAAUUCCUCGGCUAUAACCACAAAUUCAUCUUAUUUUUAUGGUAAAUUGAUUGCAAGAGCAGCAAGGUUGGCACUUAUUGCGGAGGAGGUGUGCUUUCUUGAUGUGAUUCCAGCAAUAGGGAAGUAUCUGAGGGAUGCAAUUGAGCCCUGGUUGGAUGGAAGUUUUGAUGGGAAUGGUUUUCUGUAUGAUCCAAAAUGGGGUGGAAUUAUCACCAAACAAGGAUCAUUAGAUUCUGGUGCAGAUUUUGGAUUUGGAGUGUAUAAUGAUCAUCAUUACCAUCUGGGUUAUUUCCUUUAUGCCAUUGCAGUUCUUGCUAAGAUUGACCCAGCAUGGGGGAGGAGGUAUAGGCGUCAUGCUUACACAUUUAUGGCAGAUUUUAUGAACCUGGGAAGGCAGUCAAAUUCGAAUUAUCCGCGGUUGAGGUGCUUUGAUUUGUAUAAACUGCACUCUUGGGCUUCAGGGCUAACUGAGUUUGCAGAUGGGCGGAACCAAGAAAGCACUAGUGAGGCAGUGAAUGCAUAUUAUUCAGCAGCUUUGAUGGGAUUAGCUUAUGGAGACACACAACUUGUUGCCACUGGAUCAAUGCUUGCAGCAAUGGAGAUUCAGGCUGCUCAAACAUGGUGGCAUGUGAGAGAGGAAGGUUUAUAUCCGGAAGAUUUCAGUAGAGAAAAUAGGGUAGUGGGUGUUUUGUGGGGUAACAAAAGAGACAGUGGAAUUUGGUUUGGUCCUGCUGAUUGGAGAGAGUGCAGGCUUGGAAUUCAGGUGCUACCCAUUUUGCCAAUAACUGAGGUUUUGUUCUCUGAUAUUAGGUUUGUGAAGGAGCUUGUGAAAUGGACAUUGCCUGCAUUGAACAGAGAAGGAGUUGGAGAAGGUUGGACAGGUUUUGUGUAUGCUUUGGAGGGGAUAUAUGACAAAGAAAGUGCUCUGAAGAAGAUAAGAAAGCUGAAUGAGUAUGAUGACAGGAACUCACUUACCAAUCUCCUGUGGUGGAUUCAUAGCAGAGAUUAUGAAGAGGAGGAAGAAGGAUGUGGGGGAGGGAAAUGCUGCUGGUUUGGUCAAUACUGUCACUGAAUGUUUCUUUAAAAACUUUUUAUUUCAAAUACAAUAACAGCAGCAUAUCAUAGAUAUUCUAAGAGUAGAAGUGUAGGCGAGGUUGUAUAUUCUUGAGUGAAUCAUCAAUGUUAUUUUCGUUCACAAUGAUCUUGUUGGAAGAAAGAUGAAUUUCAUGGAAUAGAUAAUUUUAUCCUGAAA